UUAAUUAUUGUUGCCAUGAUUUUUUAGUUAGAAUUUGAUUUUGGAAAUACAUUAAUUGAAGAGAAAAGACAAAAAUCCUAAAAGAUAGGUUAAUUAAUAACUUCAGUGGCAUGAUAUUGUAAAUAUAGUGGAAAACUAAGGGACAAUCUAAUUUUGUACUCCUGUUUUAAUAGAUUAGAUAUACACAUGCUUGUCAGCUUAAAUGACAAGAGUAUUAAGAGCGGCUGCAACGGGAGUCCGUCAUGAGUCCGUAGCCCAAGUCCUUAGGAUAUUUGAAUAAAAAUAUUGUGAAAUGGGCUUCUUUUUGGACGGAUCUGUACGGAUCAAUCCGUUAAUAAGGGAUCGAAGGAUUGAGUCCUUCGUGUACACGUGGCGUGAGAUGGUUGGGCCUUGGAUACUUUUGUGUUCCGUUUAGGUGAAAAAAAAAUCAUUUGCGUUUGAAUCCAAGGAAAAAAAAAUCAGAGCUCAAGUGAAGAGGCGAUUUCUCUCCUUCGUCGAUCGUCGGCUUCCGUUAUCUUCAAAGGCAAAUCCCGUUCCUCUGUGUAGAUUUAAGCAUAGGUUAGCUUCGUUGUUGUUCUCGUGACCGUCUUUGGUUCGUAUUUCCGUCGAAUCGAAUUGGGGAUUUCUUCGAUUUAGGGUUUCAAAAAGUUUCGAUUUUAGAAUUUGUUUUGAAUUCGUUUAUGUUCAAUUGGGGAUCAUUUUGUUUGUAGUUUGGGUUUCAAUUCGUUUUGGGUUUCAAAACACGAAUUGUUUUCAGUGAAGAUUUUGUCAUCGAUUUGUUUUCCUUGUAUUGUUUAGCUUCCAUGUAUAGAUAGGUUACUUGUAUUGUUUUGAGCUAAUCUUAUUUUCUGCUUAGUUCCAAAACUACUUAACUAGAUCCCUCAUUCGUGUCUGUUGUUGCGUUUUGUUAUUAAUAUUUUUUUUUCUUAUUCGCUAACAUAGUUGCUCUUACCAUAAUUUCUGCAGGCGAACGAACCAUGGGCCAAGACUAUAGCUACACUCAGCCUUCUUCUUCGUUAGAGGAGUUAGACAUCACCUCUUUAAUUGUAGUAGAAGGUGAACUCUACGCCAAUGAAGUUGAGAGUAAUAACUUCACAAUUUCACAGGAGUAUCAGUACGCAGCUGCACCUGAGGCCGAUGAAGGGAUACCAAGGACAUGCUAUUGCGGUAGUGAGCCUGUAGUUAAAACGUCGUACACUCCAAAAAAUCCAUACAGGAGGUACUUCUCCUGCAACAACGUCGACGAUGGAGAGUGCCACAUCUGGAAAUGGUGGGAUGUGGCACUGCAAGAAGAGCUCCGUGAAACGCAAAUACAACUUAGGAUGCUCAAGGAUCAAUUCUUUGAGAGUGACCAGAAGGUGGCUAAGCUAGAGAAGAUCUUACGUGUGCUAAGUAAGAAGACAGCAGUGGCUAAAUAUCGGUUUGCGAAGGGAGUUUGUCUACUGCUCUUGCUAAUACUGGUCAUCGUAAUGUGGAGAGCCUCGGAGGAUUUAAACAUCAGUGUCUGAACUCGAGUUGGCCUUCAAAGGUACUAUACUUAUUAUAGUUUAGAUAUAUUUAGUAAAUUAAAAAUAACCUCUUUCUUCAUGCUUUAAUGAUACUUCCUAACUCCUUCGAUUUGAUAGAAUCGUACUUGUUAGCUUUAAGUGUAGCUACUAUAGAACUUAUUAUGCUGAUAAGAGUGGUGGUAAAUGCUUGUUUGCUUUCUACUGGUGGUAAAUGCUAGUUUGCUUUGUAGUGGUGGUAAAUGCUAGUUUGCUUUCUAUCUGCCAAACUAAAUGCUAAAUCACUUUCUAUCGCUUACUUAAGGGUCUGUGUUGCUAAUAGAGUAACACAGACCAUCAUCUAAAAUGAAUACCAGUAGUGGGUACGUUAAUCUGUUGAAUAGUCAGAGUUCAGUUGACCUUGAGUCACCCGAACCAGCUUGGUUCGGUAGCCAAGGUCGUGACGAGUAUGUUUUCAACCCUGCUGUCGAGUCUUCUGUCCAGCCUGGUAUCGAGUCUUCUGUCCAGCCUUCUGCCUCAGAGAGGAGAAAAUGGACUGUCAGUGAGGAUAAAAUCCUCAUUGGUGCGUGGCUUAACACCAGCAAAGACCCCGUAGUGAGCUGUGAACAGAAGGCAGAACGUUUCUGGAAGAGAAUCGUUGACUACUACAACGCAAGCCCACAACUGGUUGGGCAAGUACCUAGAGAGGUUCGUCCAGCGAAGCAGAGAUGGUCUAGGAUUAACGACCAAGUCUGUAAAUUCGUUGGAUGCUAUGACGCGGCGUUGAGGGGGCAGAGAAGUGGUCAGAAUGAAGACGAUGUAAUGAAAGCUGCCCUUGACUCUUUCUACACCAUUUACGGGCACAAGUUCGGCGUCGAACAUGCGUGGAGGGAGCUGAGGCAUGACCAGAAAUGGCAAGCGACCUAUACGGUUAAAGACGGAGAGAAGGAGAAGCGCAAACAAGUCCACGAUGUUGAUACAGAAGAUGAAGUGGCCGAACCUGAAAUUAGACCAAUUGGUGUGAAAGCGGCUAAAGCUGCUGGUAAGAGGAAGAAGAGUGGCAAGGAAGAAGAGAUGUCACAGCUCCAGUCGAUCUUGCAAAUGAAAGAUAAACUCUCAAAACAAAAAAUCCUAGAACGUUUAUUUGGAAAAAAAGAUCCACUCUCUGAGGUGGAAGAAUCACUCAAACUGAAACUGAUGAAUGAGCUGUUAUGAAGCUAGUAAGGUACAGCAGCAGGACAUGUGAACCAAGUCACGGGUGCGUUUGGAAUCUCGAAGUGUGUUGUUGUAUUGCGAGUCACGGGUUGAUGUUUUGUUUAAGUAGUAGUAGUAUAAGUAGCCCUCUCUGUUUGCGUUUCUCUCUAUCAAACUUCUUUCCUAUCUAUUAAAGGUGUAAUCUUCUUGCUGUAAUCUUGUUGCUACAAACUCGGCCUCAAUUUCAAGUUGUUGUAAUCGAAGAAGUUUUAGGUAACUUCUCUUUAUGUUCUCUUUCAUCAGCAGUCUUUGUUUAAUGUUUUGGCUAACUUCUCAUCAGCUUCUCUGUCAUUAUUACGAGUCAAAAAUAUGUGUAGUUAAUCAUAAAUAUGUGAAGUUAAUCAUAACAACUAUAUAGAUUUUGCUCAAAUAUGUGAAGUUAAUCAUUACUCUAUUACUCUAUUACAGAAUGUUGCUCAAAAAUAUGUGAAGUGCUCGUGACAACUAUAUAGAUUUUAACUUAUUUGGACAUGCGAGUCAGUAACUUAUAAUUACUCUAUUACAUAAAUAUUUUAGACAUGUUCUAUUAUAUCAAUGUCCUCGAUCGGUCUCCUGUUUUUGAUGACCUUUUAGAAGGUCGAGCUCCGAGGGUAAAGUACAUGGUCAACGGACACAUGUAUAAGUUGGGGUACUACCUCACAGACGGUAUAUAUCCAAAAUGGUCAACAUUUAUCCAAUCUAUCACCCUCCCUCAAACUCCUCAACAAGAGUUAUUUGCUAAAGUUCAAGAAGCAACCCGAAAAGAUGUGGAGCGGGCUUUUGGAGUAUUGCAAGCUCGAUUUGCGAUUAUGAGAAACCCGGUAAAAACAUUGGAUAGAGCAAAGAUAGGGAAGAUUAUGAGAGCUUGUAUCAUACUCCACAAUAUGAUUGUCGAAGAUGAACGGGAUGGAUACUCUCCUAUUGAUAUAUCUGAAUUUGAAGAAGGAGACGUCCCCAGAUGUUCACAGGUGGAAACCGAGAUGCCAACUAAUAUGAAUAAUAUAUUUCCCACGCGGAAUGAUCUACGUGAUAGGCAAACGCAUGAACGAUUGAAAAAUGAUUUAAUUCAAAAUAUUUGGAAUAAAUUUGGUGAUGAAGAUUAGGAAUUUUUCUAUAUUUAUGUUAAAUAAUUGUUUUUAUCUUUAAUUGUUGUAUUUUUAUGUUUAAUUAAUGUAUUUUAUGUUUAAUUAUUGUAUUUUAUGUUAAUUUAUGGUAUUUUUUCAUCUAAUAUAUGAAAAAUUUAUUUCACUAAGAAAAUCAUUUUUUUAUUCCUAAGGAUUCUAAUUUUGGGAUCAUCAUUGUACAUACAUUUUUCACAAGAGUCCUUAACUAUUCAAAAAAAAAAAAAAAAAAAA